AAUGGUUCAAAUGGCCAGAGGGCUGAGAGCUGAAGCAAACCCUGAGCUCCUGCCUGUGUGACGACGAGAGCAUCAGCGGGACCGAGCCAACCACAGCCAGCGUCAUUUGCACACAAGAAGAUCCACACGACGGUGAUGCUUGGCAGUGGCUCUGUGGGAGAUUUCCAAUGGCUGCGAUAAGUCUGAUUGUUUUCACAUUGCUUUGCGUAGAUUUGCUGUAAUUAUCUUUGAAUUAAAUGGGCAGCGUGGAGAUGGUUUGGAGGAAUACGCUGGUGCGCAAAGGGAGUCUCCAUCGCUCUCCUCACAGAGUGGAAACUGGAUAUGUAGCCAGGGCUCCAGGGGUGUUCCCAGCAUAAUGCAUCUUGGAAGUUGUGGUAUUCGCAUCAUUCUCUACUUUAACCCUCUGUAAAGCAUCAUAGAUGAUAUUUAUCUGCGCGACUUCAUGGAUUUGGUUCACUGAGGACCAUCUGAAGAACAGACAUGGCAGUGGCAAAUAUGGUGUUCUCUGACGUGGAAAGUUUUCUGGACUCGCAUCCCGAGUUAUUCGAGGACUACCUGAACAGAAAGGGGAAUUAUGGCAUGGUAGAGAAAUGGCUCAAGAAUCACCAGGCGAGCAAAAGUCCGGCGGCUGCAGCUCCCGCCGAGCCGAGAGAGGAGAAGAGCAACGCGUGCAAGGACAGCUGGGCGAGCAAAUGUGACGGUCUGCAGCGGAGAGCGUCUCAGAAGGAGCUGCGUAAAACUUUCGCCAGAUCAAAGGCCAUCAACGUGAACAGGACAUACGACGAGCAUGUGAAUUCCAGGGCCCAGGAGCCGCUGACGAGCAUGAGGAGGAGAGCCCUGCUGAGGAAAGCGAGCUCUCUGCCCCCGACCACUGCGCACAUACUGAGCGCACUGCUGGAGUCCAGAGUCAACAUCCCCCAGUACCCGUCCACGGCAGUGGAUUUUAAAUAUUACCUCAAACAACACAACGAAAGAGAGUUUUUCCUGGAGCUCGUAAAAGACAUAUCUAACGACUUGGAUCUCACAAGUCUCAGCUACAAAAUCCUUGUGUUUGUUUGUAUUAUGGUCGACGCAGACCGGUGCUCCUUGUUUUUAGUGGAGGGGACGGGCAACAAGAAAACACUAGUGUCCAAAUUCUUUGACGUGCACGCAGGUACCACAGUUUUGCCCUCAAUGAAUUCGGACGAAGUUCAAGUGCCGUGGGGCAAAGGGAUCAUUGGAUAUGUGGCCGAGCACGGAGAGACAGUGAACAUUCCUGACGCCUAUCAGGAUCGUCGGUUCAGUGACGAAAUCGACAAGCUGACUGGGUACAAAACCAAGUCACUCUUGUGCAUGCCCAUUCGCAACAGUGACGGGGAGAUCAUUGGAGUUGCUCAGGGCAUCAACAAGUCUUCGAGUGGAGAACUCUUCACUGAAGAUGAUGAGAAGGUGCUGCAGAUGUACUUGCCCUUCUGUGGUAUUGCGAUCUCCAAUGCCCAACUCUUUGCCGCCUCCAGGAAGGAGUACGACAGGAGUCGGGCACUCUUGGAGGUAGUCAAUGACCUGUUUGAGGAACAGACCGACUUGGAGAAGAUUGUCAGGAAGAUCAUGCACCGUGCCCAGACACUGCUUAAGUGUGAGCGCUGCUCUGUUCAGUUGCUGGAGGACAUUGAGUCACCGGUGGUGAAGUUUACCAAGUCGUUUGAGCUGCUGUCCCCAAAGUGUAGCGCAGACGCUGAAAGCAGUUUCAAAGACAGCAUGGAGAAGUCGUCUUACUCAGACUGGCUCAUCAACAACAGCAUUGCAGAGCUGGUGGCCUCCACAGGACUCCCUGUGAACAUCAGUGAUGCCUAUCAGGAUCCUCGCUUCGAUGCCGAGGCAGACCAGUUCUCUGACUUCCAUAUCCGCUCUGUGCUUUGUGUUCCUAUAUGGAACAGCAACCACCAAAUCAUCGGUGUCGCGCAAGUGCUGAACAGGCUCGAUGGGAAACCCUUCGACGAUGCAGACCAGCGUCUCUUUGAGGCGUUCGUGAUCUUUUGUGGACUGGGCAUCAACAACACCAUCAUGUACGACCAGGUGAAGAAGUCUUGGGCCAAGCAGUCCGUAGCUCUGGAUGUUCUUUCAUACCACGCCACUUGCUCCAAGACUGAAGUGGACAAAUUCAAGGCGGCUAACAUCCCCCUGGUGUGCGAGCUGGGCAUUGAUAAGCUCUCCUUUGAUGAUUUCUCCCUGGACGUGGACGCCAUGAUCACGGCCGCUCUGAGAAUGUUCAUGGAGUUAGGAAUGGUGCAGAAAUUUAAGAUCGACUACGAGACACUGUGCAGAUGGCUGCUGACUGUCAGAAAAAACUACAGAAUGGUCCUCUACCACAACUGGAGGCACGCGUUCAACGUCUGCCAGUGCAUGUUUGCCAUGCUGACGACGGCAGGUUUCCAAGAGACUCUGACAGAGGUGGAGAUCUUGGCGCUCAUUGUGGGUUGUGUGUGCCACGACCUGGACCACAGAGGCACAAACAACGCCUUUCAGGCAAAGACGGGUUCGGCCCUUGCUCUGCUUUAUGGGACCUCUGCUACGCUGGAGCACCACCACUUCAACCACGCUGUGAUGAUCCUGCAGAGCGAGGGUCACAAUAUCUUCUCCAACCUGUCGUCCACGGAGUACAGCGACCUCAUGCAGCUGCUGAAACAGUCGAUUCUGGCCACGGACCUCACGCUUUACUUCGAGAAUAGAAACAUGUUCUUUGAGCUGGUCAGCAAAGGAGAGUACAACUGGAAUGUGAAGAGUCAUAGAGACAUGUGCAGAUCCAUGAUGAUGACAGCGUGCGAUCUUGGUGCCGUCACUAAACCCUGGGAAAUAUCACGCAAGGUGGCAGAGCUGGUGACGAGCGAGUUCUUCGAGCAGGGCGACAGAGAGAGGCUGGAGCUGAAGCUCACGCCCUCUGCAAUCUUUGACCGAAACAGGAAAGACGAGUUGCCGGGGCUCCAGCUGGAGUGGAUUGAUGGAAUUUGCGCGCCGCUGUAUGAGACUCUGGUCAAGUUGAAUCCCAAACUUCAGCCAAUGCUUGACACAGUCAAGGCUAACAGGUCCAAAUGGGAGGAACUGAACAAGAAGAGGCAACGCGGCCAGAGUUUUUCUGCACCCGUGAGCCCCUGCAGUGGCGACAGUACAGAAACCAGUGGCUGCCCUGUGGCCAAGACUGGAAGCACACCAUGCUGUAGCGGCGAAGCUGAAGGCAUCCCAUCUAGGGCAGCUAGUUAGCUCCUGCCGCCAAGCUGCUGAGCUGAUCUCUUAGCCUUUUCUCAUUCUAAAUGCAGCCUGCAACAGAGGCAGUGCAGUGCAUGCAGAGGUUCUUCGGCUCUGCUCCUCUUCGCUUUUGCUACUAGAGAUGAGCUUUAGACUUGAGUGUGGUGCUAACAUAAAGGUUUUUCAGCUCCCUUCAGUUACCUCAUGCUGAAGGCUGACAGAGCUGUGUUAGGCAAGCUUGUCAGAGCAGCUACAAAUCAGCUGACGACACCAUGUCAGAAAGGAAACUCAAACCACUGUGUCAACAUGUCAACCAGUGAGCUAAGACUAACUAUUCUGGGCAUUGCACAGAUUUUUGGCACAAGGCAUGGAGAAUAUUGGAGACGAAUGUUGUCUCUGCUGUGGUUUGUUUUGCUCUCAGUACCUCCUUGAUGCUCGCAUUUUGUCCAAGGUGACGGAAAUAUUUUUUUGUAAAUCUGUAAAUAGGCUAUCAAGUUAUUUACAAGUGCUGUUCAAAAAAAAAUAAAAAAUUGUUAAGGAUUGGAUUGUAAUGUGGCCGUAGAGUUCCUGAAGGAUGAAGGGGACAGUGCUUGCAAUGCAAAUUGAAUUCCCCACUCCCUCCCUUCCUGUGCCUUGUUUUAAGAUCCUAACGAAACAUGCAUGGCCUCAUCGCUGAGGUUCUUAGAUAGUAUGGAGAUCCAUGUCGAACCAUGCUGUAUUUUUGCCAUAAUUUGUAAAAUUACUGAAGUUACGUCUUGAUCCCAUGUAAGCCACCAAACAUUAACAUUUUAGACACAUGGAAAUAAUAUAUUUUGCCCAGUUUUAUAAGUGCAGGGUCUCAGCUUGUCACACAAACACACACAAUGUGCCUUGAUGAAGUUAUUCUGCUAGGAUGUUCAUUUCUGCAGGAAAAGUCCUCUCAUUUACUGAUUUGACACCAACAGCUGUAUCCUAAAACAAAAAUUAGGUUACAUUCAAUAUCAAAUGCAGUGGUUAGACAUUUUAAGAACACAAAUGUUUGCUUAUGGCAGUUGUUAAGAUUAAUCUGUUAAACAAAAGCCGCAGUCAGCAGCUCGACUAGCUCCGUCCACAGGAAACAAACCAUUCUACUAACAAGUGUAAUGCUCACUACUGAUUUUGGUUUAAUAAAUACAGAAAGCUAGGAGUAAAAUCAAAAUGUCAGAAUGAUUUUUGACUAUAACAAGUACUUUCGUGGUCUGUUUCAGUCAGACACACAACUUACAUAAAACUGUUUUUUUUCCCGCACGUUAAAGGUUUUGGGAGAGGGUGGAUUUGUUACCUGUGGAUGGAGUAAGUUUUGCCAUUUCUGACUGUUCCCAGCUUUUACGCUAAGCUAAGCUAAGCACCUACUGACUGCAGCUACACUGAGGGGCUUGGAUCUUCUCAACAUCCUAUCAGUAAUCAGGUGUUUCUUAAAAUGUCAAACUGCUGCUUUAGUCAAAUUUCUUUCCCAAAGCUCACAAAUGCUACAAAUCUCCAGAACCUUGAAGUACUGAAGUGCCCAUGUAGUCACAAGCUUUUAUUAUUAUUAUUAUUAUUAUUAUUAUUAUGACUAUUAUUCUAAGUAUUAUUUUUGGGUGGGUGUUUGCCUUAUGAAUUGUGUUGUAGCUUUGUUAAUUGGAGUUUAAAACGUGACUGUGCACAUCGUGUGGCAUGGAUCUGUGUGCUCUACUGUAUUUUAGUUGAAGAGUUCGAUUGAAGUCAACCUUGAAUUUGUUUGUUUAUUUAUUUCUUUUUUAAUUGCAUGUUUUAUGCAGUAUUGAACUCAACCACUUGCUAAGGAUGUAGCAAACAAGUGAGCCAACAAAUACCUCGUACUAUCAUCAGUAAACACCUUAUCUCAUCAGAAAUGCAUGACUUAAAUUCUAUUGCAUCAUGUUAACGUGAAUUACUUAUGAAUAUCGCUGUUCUAUUUUUCUAUUAGGUCUCCGGAUGUGGCCAACUUCUACUCGUCUUUUUUGCAAUGUAAACGUGCUUCUUGUGUUUCUUCUUUCCUCUCCCAGUUUGGACUCUGGAUUUAUUCACGGUGGGCUAAACUGAAAGAAACCUAAGGCAUGAAAAGGCAAAUGUGCAAUGUUUUUGUUCAGAGUUUAAAUAAAAAUAAGCUGCUACCUGUG